AUGUCUGCAGAGCCCACGCUGGAUGCCAGCUCAGGCAGGAGAGCUGUGCAGUGCUCCUUCAGCAUUGAGAACAUCCUCGCCAGCCCGGCAGAGAGGAGCCCCCAGGUUCUGGUUCCACUCUGCCUCCAGAGCAUCCUGGACUGCGCACCCAAGGGGCUGUGCGAACUGGAGGGCAUUGCGCUGCAGGAGGAAGAGGACGAGGAGGAGGAAGAAGAGCUGGAAGACACCAGGUUCCCUUGGCCCAUGCGACUGCUCCACUCGGUGGUCAGAGGCUGCAAGAGCCCUCAGGGCAGCCCCAGCGAGCUGCAGGCCUUCCAGCAGAUCCAGCGCAGGACGCGCCGCCAUCGCACCAUUUUCACCGAGGAGCAGCUGCAGGCCCUGGAAACACUUUUCCACCAGAACCAAUACCCGGACGUCAUCACCAGGGAGCACUUGGCCAACCGCAUCCACCUGAAGGAGGAGAGGGUGGAGGUCUGGUUUAAGAACCGUCGAGCCAAGUGGAGGCAUCAGAAGAGAGCAUCUGCCUCGGCAAUGGUCCUUCAGGGCAGCGCAGAGCCGCCCAAGGAGAGCUGCUAA